UUUUUUCCCCAUUCUCAUAUCCAUUUUUUCCCAUUCUCAUAUCCAUUUUCUAUUUUUCUCUACUCAUCUCCAAAUUAUUUUUUUGAACAUUUGUUAAAUUAACCAAAAGAAAAUGGCUUCUAACACAUUGAUGAGUUAUGGAAUUGCACCUGUUUGCCCCUCUAUUCUCUCUGCUUCCAAGUCUAAAUUCGUCACCGCGUUGCCGGUAUCCGCCGGAGUUACCAACGACACGUCAAGGUUCACCAUGUCGGCCGAUUGGAUGCCCGGGCAGCCCCGUCCAUCCUACCUCGACGGCUCAGCCCCCGGAGAUUUUGGAUUUGAUCCACUUGGUUUUGGAGAAGUACCAGAAAAUUUGGAAAGAUACAAAGAAUCUGAACUUAUUCAUUGCAGAUGGGCUAUGCUUGCUGUUCCAGGAAUCAUUGUACCAGAGGCAUUGGGCUUAGGUAAUUGGGUUAAGGCCCAAGAAUGGGCAGCUAUUCCUGGAGGACAAGCUACAUAUUUGGGCCAGCCUGUUCCAUGGGGAACACUUCCUACUAUUUUGGUUAUUGAAUUUUUAGCCAUAGCCUUUGUAGAGCAUCAAAGGAGUAUGGAAAAAGAUUCAGAAAAGAAGAAGUACCCUGGUGGGGCUUUUGACCCAUUGGGUUACUCUAAAGACCCUGCUAAAUUUGAAGAACUCAAAGUCAAGGAAAUCAAGAAUGGUCGUCUUGCAUUGUUGGCAUUUGUGGGAUUUUGUGUACAACAAUCAGCAUAUCCAGGAACAGGACCAUUGGAGAACUUGGCAACUCACUUGGCUGACCCAUGGCACAACAACAUUGGGGAUGUUGUUAUCCCUAAAGGCAUUUUCCCUAAUUGAAUUGUACCAUCAUAUAUAUUAGCCAAAAACACCUUGUAAAACUCUCCCAUAUUGUACUCAUAGUCUUGUAAUGAAAAUGGACUUUUUGUGUAUCCUUAGUCUAUGCAUGAUAUCCCUAUCUAA